AUGAACACGACCAAACUACUCGGUACCGGGGCGCUCAGCCCGUCAUUUGUGUUUGACCACGAUUCUGGCAACGCCAUCUUUGGACUUUCGAGCUCGACGCUGGUUGUUCUUGUAGCCAUGAUCGCGGUCUCGACGCUCACGCUCAAGAGCGUACUGCCCGGAGAUCGCAGCAUCAAUCUUCCGGGACCUCGAGGCUGGCCGAUCGUCGGCUCUUGGUUCGAUCUCGGCAACAACUGGGCCGAGUACUUCCGUCAAGCUGCCAAAGAAUACGGUGAUGUAUUCAAAGUACACAUCGGGAAUCGCACCGUGGUGGUCGUCAACUCACCCAAGGCGGCGCACAUUCUGUUCAACGAACACGGCUCGUCGCUCAUCUCACGACCAUGGUUCUAUACGUUCCACGGCGUGCUGUCCAAGUCGUCUGCCUUCACUAUCGGUACGUCGGCCUGGAGCGAUAGCACAAAGAACAAGCGCAAGGCAGCUGCCACUGCGCUCAAUCGUCCGGCGGUCCAGUCGUACAUGCCCAUCAUUGUCGAAGAGUCGUUGGACGCCGUUCGUCGGAUCCUCAACGACGGCAACGCGGGCAAGAACGGCAUUGUUCCGUACAGCUACUUUCAGCGUCUUGCGCUCAACACGAGCUUUCAGGUCAACUACGGCUUCCGCAUGGGCGAGCGCGACGACGGUCUGUUUGAUGAAAUCUCCGAGGUGAUUGCUAAAGUGGCCUCUGUUCGCGCUGUGACCGGUUCGUUGCAGGACUACGUUCCGCUCAUGCGCUACCUGCCGGCUAAUGCAAAGAGCAAGGCGGCUGCUUCGUACGGUCUGCGUCGUAAAAAGUUCAUGUCGAAACUGUACGAAGAACUCGAGCAACGCGUCAACCAAGGCAAGGAUGAGAGUUGCAUCACCGGCAACAUCCUUAAAGACACUGAAUCGCGCAAGAAGCUGUCUCGCUUGGAGAUCGACUCGAUCUGUCUCUCGAUGGUCUCGGCAGGUCUGGAUACUUUUGCCAACACAAUGAUCUGGACGAUCGGUUUCCUGGCCAAGCAUCCAGAGAUCCAGCGCAAGGCACAGGCCGAACUGUUGGCUCACUAUCCGAACCGGGAGCUUCCGCAUGUUGACUCGGAGGACUUGGUGUAUAUCCAUGCCAUGGCCAAGGAGGCAUCACGACUGUUCAACGUGUUCCGCAUCUGUCUGCCGCGUACAAACGUGAGCGACGUCACCUACAACAACGCCGUGAUUCCAGCGGGGACGACGUUUUUCCUCAACUCAUGGGCGUGCAACGUGGACGCUGAAAAGUUCGCCGACCCGUUCGAGUUCAAGCCGGAGCGCUUCAUGGACAAGAGCGCCAGUAAUGCACACGUCGAGAACAAGAUGGGCGGCGUCGAGACGUACGCUUUCGGCAUGGGAAGACGCAUGUGUCCCGGCGUGUUCUUGGCGCUUCGCGAAAUCUACACGACGCUCGUCUUCCUCACCCACUUUUUCGAUAUUGCUCCCGACGGAGAGUAUGACAUCGACCCUCUCACAGCCGUAGAGGACGGUCGCGCGUUCAGCGUACGUCCGAAACCGUUCAAGGUGCGCUGCACGCCUCGACCCGGCGUCGACCUUUCCCCCGUGCUCGACAAACAAUAG